AGGUGUGUUCAAGUGCGUACAAAACGACACGAAAUGCACAUUUAUUCACCGCACUGUAAAGCACGCGUGUUGUCGGAAAUACGAAAACCGAUCGUCGGGUCCCUUUCCCUUUUGUUUUCCCCUUUCAUUCAUGCACGAAAGAGAUUACGAAGAGCGCGUUCAAAACAAAUCUUCGGCGCGAAAUGUCAUCAUCAGCUGAUUCAUGUGGAGGGGAAAAACAGGACGAACUCGAGCGCCCGUCAUAUUGGGCUUUUGGUAAACAAACGUCGCGCGUCUGCCCUAAAGCGGACCGAAGGGGAAGUCGGCAUCGGUUUGAAGGGUCGGCGCGUGCAGAGGAUGGUGUCUGCAAAGGGAAAUAUCGAUUUUUCACAUCCAGCCUUCAUUUUGGAACCUGAAAUCAGCACUCACGGGCGGUAGGGACGCCCUGGUGAAAAUUGGUUUUCCCGUGUUUGUGUGUGGCUGCGGUUUGAGCAUAUUUGGUGGUGCAGUUUAUAAUAUCGACAAGGAUUGUACACCACACAUCCGCACACCGACGUGCUACUAGACAAUGGAGUUGUACGAUUCAGCCCGCUAUGGAUCGGUUUUUAACAGCAUUUUCCUAUCGACGGAAACAUCGGAUGCGGGCGACAGUGCCACGGUUGCAGCAUCGAAAAAGGAUACGAAAUCGAAGCUGCUGCUGGAACCCAACCUGGAUCGGUACGAAAUAGCAUCGAAUGCGUCCCGUUUCGGUGUGUACCAUGCCGUCCGGUCCAUUGUGCUGGAACGGGAAACGACGGCACGGGCAACGGUUUCCUCCAUGCGAAUAAUCGAUACGGCACUGGAUGAACCCAAAUCCAUCGCUAGUGGGCAAUCGGGUGCGAAUCAACGUGUGCCGCAGAUUGUACUAGCGGGGCUGGACAGUUUGUAUGGUAUAAUAGCAGAAACGCGGCAGAGUCAACCGCGGAUCGCCACCAAAGCGCUUCGUUCGCUGUACGACAUACUGCAGGGUCAAGAUCCUGAAGGAAUGCGACACGAACCGGAUGCCGUGUUUGGACCACUGUUCGAUCUACUGCUGGAACUGUCCACCAUCAAUAGUGCGCCCAGUGCGGCAAAUGGCGCAUGGUCAUCACUUGCCUGUUCUACGCUACUUUCACUUGCCAUUGCGAAAGGCGAUACGGGCCGUAUAGUACGUUCGGUGGCCGCAAUACUGAUGAAUUCGGUGUACGGUUCCACCAACACUAGUGCCGCGGGUGGUUCCGUUCAGAUGCCGCAAAGUGUCGCAAAACUGCAGCGCACAAUAUUCUCCAUGGCAACGGGACGUGCCUCCAUUGCGGAUUACUUUCGGUGCGGUGUUCCUCGGGGCAGUUUGAUCGGCGAGUUUCGACUUCCGCUGGAGUCGGCCGCUGUACAUUCGGUUGCAUCCGAUGGCAAAUAUUUGUAUCUAGUCACUGCGAAAGGUUUGCUGAAGAUUGGGUCCGGUUUCAAUGGGACGCAGGAAGGGCUCAUCUACGGUGCGGUCACGAUAACGAAUGCAAAGAACGAAUUACCGGGAUGGAUUGGCUAUUCCGGGGUAUGUCAUAUGCAAAUUUCGCAAUUUCGCAAUCAUAUCGAUAUUAAUAGAUGUUCGUUCUUCCAGGGUAAAUUGUAUUACGGCCGCAUCAGCAAGAUGGCGGUCAACAAUGGUUGGACAUUUCAGCUGUACGAUCCAACAACGCUAACCGCCUUAGGAACCGUGCAGACGGCACCGAUUCCCGCAUUUCAGCGUCGUUACGGUCAACUCUUCUCGGAUGGUGAUGCCAUCUGUUGGCUCGGUGCAGUAUCGGACUCUGUGCGCGAUUCCACCGAUAUGGACGAUCAGGAAGAGGAUAUCCUUGUCGUGAAGCAGCUCUAUCCUCCAAUGGUUAGCUCCGGUUCGACCGGUACCACACAGAACGAUCCUCGACCGGAGUUGCGUUUAAAGUUAGCGAAAAACCGAUAUCAUACCUACGGUUGGGCCGCGUUCGAGGAAGAUCUAGUCGAUAACGGUGGAUAUCAGCAACCGCCGGGCGGUUUAGCUCCUCCCGUGCUGGAAACUAACCCUACCGGUGCCGGUAUACAAUCGAUUUCCUGCGGCAAAGAGUUUGGUUUAGUGCUGGUAGACGAUGGUAAAGUAUUGUACUGGGGCCGUGGUACUGCGCUGGGUCUCAAAACUUCCGCCAACGUAGCCGGAGCGAUAGGAUGUGUAAUGAGUGCCCCGAAGGCUACCAUUUCGAUGAAGCUGAAUGAACUGACGGCACUACCGAAGGGAAUUACUUGCUUCCGGCAGGUUGCGGUGGGUCAUGAGGCCAACCACGGACUGCUGUUAACCGGUGAUGGAACGGUAUACUUUACCGGUACGGCCAAGCGAGGUGAAGAUGGUGAACUGGCCAAAACUAACAGACGACAACCGAAGGCGAUUAAACCGAAACGAUUAAACAAACUGGACGGACAAACGAUCACGUUCGUGGCCUGUAACAAUGGCACAUCGGCAUUUGUGACCAAAGAUGGCAAACUCAUUAUGUACGGCAAGGACACAAACUACUGUGAACCGAACGGUGUUGUUGGUGGUUUAACUGAUGUCGUGAUACGGAAGGUAGCCCUCGGGAAGGCCCAUUGCGUUGCAGUGGAUGCACUGGGACAGCUUUACACGUUUGGGCUCAACAAUAAGGGACAGUGUGGUCGAAAAUUUCAACGUGAACGUAAUGUGGAUGAGUUAACGACUACUAAUACAAACAACCAACCAAAUGUAGGACCGUUAACUAACGGCUCUACAACGAAUCAAUCCAAUGCUGUGACUGGAACUAACGCUCCAUGUAACGCUUGUCACUCCACACCAUCAGUAGCGCACGCCGAACCACCGGCAGCUUCAAGCGCAAAGUGUGGUUGCGGUUGUGGAUGUUGUUGUCACUGUGGCAACUCCGGUACGGGAAAUAGCACCGGUGCUACCAAUCCAAUCUCUUCCACCGAUCCAGACACACCUCGCAUCGUACCGGUACCACCGCAGCGCGUAGAUUUGCCACAUUCCGGCAAUGACCCGAGACGUCCACCGAUCGUUACACAGAUCGCUUGUGGACAGCAUCAUUCGUUGGUGCUUACUUCCGCGGGAGAGGUGUACAGCUUCGGUAGCAAUCAGUACGGUCAGUUAGGCACCGGUGAUCUGCAAGCACCACCCGGAGGAAGGCCACAUUUGGUCCGCUUUCCGAACGGUGCCGGUACGGUAGUGUCUGUCGCUGCCGGUAGCAAUCAUUCGGUGGUGCUAACGAGCCGUGGCGCUGUCUACACGUUCGGAAACUAUCAUAAGGGACAGCUCGGUCGGGAGGCGCCGGGUGGACGGUUGGACAGUGUAAGCGAUGGAAGCUUCUUCUGGCACUGUGGACCCGUUGCGAUCGAUUCAUUCGGUCCGGGAACGGGUCGCCGAGCAUCGUUCAUCGCGGCCAGCGGUGAUCAAACGUACAUCAAGGUGGAGGAAUCUCUUAUUAAUGGGGCAGCCCUGGCGAAGUACAGCGUUACUGCGGAUCGAUCAACGAUUUUGCUUAUCCCAAACAAUCAGUCACAUUUAGCCGGUUCCAUCACGAUCGAUCGUAGGACCGGACAUUGCCGUGCGCAUAGAAUGAACCAGUUCGAUGCACGUGUUGAGCUGAACGCUUCCAGCGCGAGUGUGAAGGAAGCGUAUCGCAGAAAUCGGUGGCAUUUUUCAUUCACACUUGAUCCGUUGUUUAAUGUGCUGUGGUGUUACGACGCGAUCCGGAAGCGCAUGCUGAUUUUCAACCCUAUUGCGUCGGAGCUGUAUCGAAGGAAAUCGAAGCGUAAACAUCAACCAAACCAACACGCGUACCAAACGGAUUGCGAAAAGGGUGAUCAAAUGCGGUACGGAACGCACGAGACACUUACCGUGCUAAGUCCGGAAAUAGCACUUCCGCAGCGAUGGAAUGGCUGUGAGGUACCACGAUUUCAGCUGGCGCUUAAUUUACUAGCUUGUUUGGAUGUCCUCACGGAAGCUACUGAACGAUUGGGUGCAACUGGACAGUGGCCCCCGUUUGAACCAACGUUGGAUGGAUCCACUUCUGGUGGAUCUUCAUCUUCACCACUGGAUGGGAAUGUUAAUGUGAAUGCUUCGGAUUGGUUUACGGGAUCGCGUAGUGGUGCAGGUGGAUUCGGAAAUGGCCGGCAGGUGAAAUUAUGUGAUCUUGCACCGGAUGACGAUCCGCAAGAGGAAGACGUUCCCGAGCAUCGCUCUGUGCUGCUUACGCCCACCUUCGGGUCGGGCAGUAUUGACGAGGAAGUACCUGCCAUUCCCAUAUUAAAUCGUUGGAAUAUAGGCAAUGCGGAUGGUGCUAGCAACGGAUUUCCUGCCCCAAACGUAGGCAGUGAAAGCCGAUUUCCAUUCCGUACGGGACGUGCUAAGGCCCCAACGAACGGUGUUGCUGCAGGAAAUGUUCAGUAUCGUCGUAAGAAGACAGGUUCCGGUGGUGGAAUUGUUGGCACUGCUGGUGCUACCAAUAGUACCAACAUGCUCAGUAACUCCUGCACGGAAGAGAGUGCGGUAACAUUGUGUCCCAUAUCGCGUCGCUUUGCCACAGGCAUUAAUCGUGAAACGUUCGAAUCGCUAACGGCGUUGCUCAGCUGGGCGUGGAAUGCUUUCCGCAAUCUGUCGGGUGAACAAAAGAAGGGUUCUGGCGGUGGAACGAAAACCUUCACCACCAACCCAAUGACAACGAACAAUGCGGGUCUAAUAGGAGAAGCGAAGGUAUGUUUGGUAGCUUUUGAAACUAAUCUUAUCGUUCGACUUUCGUUCAUCUGUAGAGUGUGUCUACGUUUGCUCCGUCGUUACUUGAACGCAAUUUACCAUCCGACCGGCUCCCGUUCGUCCGAGGACGAUACCGAUGUUCACAUCGAAGAUCAGUUGCGUUCGGAGUUUGUAAAUCCAUUCGGUACUCCACAUCAAGCUACUUGCUCACCGAUGUCCUCGUCAACGGUUCAUCCGAUGGCAUCGUCAAUUACCGGAAAUCAUCAAUCGUUGGCGAUGGCAGUGGUCGAAAUACGCACACUGCUGAUCGACAUCCUGGCCGAUCGUGUUACGCUACCCGCUAUGGAACGUUCCAUGAGAAGGCGAGUUUGCAAAGCAAAACGUGAAGUCCUGGCCGAAUGUCACCGUACGUUUGUUCGAUGCUUUGACAUAUUUUAUCCAACGCCUCCGCUAAAAUGGGAGGUUCUGUGCAGACGGUUACUGCUCCUGCGUGAGACGGACUCUGGCGGAAUUCAUGUUGGUGUAAAACCACACGUCGAUCGUUACCGGUACAGCUACGGUUCUUCAAACAGUGGUACAGAGCGAACCACCGGCCGUCUUCUUCUGAGUGCAAUUUUAGCUGGACUUUGUCAACCUUCUGUUAAUCUGCGCGUUACCUUCUCGAUACUAAUUUCUCCCUCGCAGUCAGCACCGGUUCCAACAGCUACCGGCUCCAGUCGACCACAGUCAACCAGCUCCGGAGCGCUUAUGAUCUCGCGCAAUCGUGACUUGCUGGCAAGUUUAAUUGAGCAAAUGACAAGUACGGUCGGUGCAUCGAAUAGUGCAGACACUGGAGGACAGCCGGGUGUUCCGCAUCUGCCCGAUUGGCAUUUUCGAGAUGUGCUGGAAUUAUUGCUGGAGCUCGUGUCGGAUCCGGUGCGCAGAAAGCUCGAUCGGAUCGGUCGCCAUCGGCGUCGUGGUAGUAGUAGCAGCGGAAGCAGCAAUAGCAAUACAAGUAGCGCCAGCAGUUGCCGUAGCAGUGAAGGUGUCGACUACGAUUACGAGCUGGAUGACGACGAGGCAACGGAUGUGGCCGAAAAUGGAGGUCACGAUGCAGGAUCGUUUGCUCGGGAUGAUUACGACAAUGAGCAGGGAGAGGCCGGUAAAGGCUGGCCUUUGUCGAGAGGGUAUCGCAACGAAUCGCUUACCGAAGGUGACAGCGAUGGCGAUGAAGACGACAGCGAUCAGGACGAGAGUCAGGAUGACGAUCAAAAUCAGGAGCGGUUGUUGAUCCGUAACGGGUGUCGCUUGUUAGCUAAGCUGCUGUCCGAAAUCAUCCAUCACGGAUGUGAUCCAGUAGAUAGGGAGCGCGGUGAUCGUGGUGAUCCGGAGGAAGUGUCACAGCAACCGGCAACGGAUCUGAUGGUGCCGCCGUUAGCUCCGAUGGGUGGCAGCAACCGACUGUUUAGCACGGGCAGCCGUUUCGGAAAGGUUGAUCUUGGCAAAACGUGGAAUACGGGGAACUUCGGUCCUGAUGCGAUCGCUUUUACCGUUGAUCGUUCGGGCAUAUCGAUUGUGGGUGCAUGCGUAUAUUCCGGAUCUGGGAGUUACGAGUAUCAGUUGGAACUGCUUUACGAUAGUCAUCAUUCUACUCAUUCACAUACUUACUCACAUUCGCACCGUUGGGAAGUGUUGGAAUCGAUCGUAGGAUCGUACGAUCAAACGGCCGUAAGACAACAUAUGGCCGAACUGCGUUUCAAUCGAGCCGUGUUACUUAAAGAAAAUCAUCGUUACGCACUACGUCUAUGCAGCCAGGGAGCGAGAACACUUUCGGGCGAUUGCGGACAAUCGUCACUGCGAGGACCAUGCGGUACGGUUACAUUCCGUUUCUAUCCGUGCGAUUUAAGCUUCAACGGUACCACACCGGCCCGUGGACAAAUACCGGCCAUACUGUACUAUUGCACUCCAGCUGGAGGCACUUCAGGAUUUCCGCAUGGCGGAAUGAACAUUGGUAGUGGCCGCGAACUGGGCAACUGUCGAACGCAGGCGCGUGAUCUGGCGUUGGAAGUAGCGAGAGCUAUUGUAAGCCGCUGUCGCGAAUUGCUAACCGUAGCACAUGAGCUAGCCCUGUGGACUUCUGCCUCACCGGGCAUGCGUGCGCCGUCGUCUUCGGAAACAUCGUCCACGCCCUCAUCUUCUGCCUCGUCCGGAGUUGUUGGUAUUGGUGGUGCUAGCGGUGUGAUUGGAAGUGGAGCUGCCGGUGGAGUUGUGGGUGGUGGUGUAGCUAUUGAUUCAGAACAUAACAUAACUCCGAUAGAGGAACAUUUGGACGUAGGUUCAACCGGGCUGGUUGGUGUGAUUUCUUCGAAUGCAGCAGCGACGACAAUUGAACGUACGAGACGUACCAUCGGUAAGGUGCUCCCGAAAGGAUUGCUAGAAACACUGCGAGGAAGCAGCGGUAAUGCUGGAACGGGAAUUUCUGCAGGUACUCCAUAUGAUCCGUACGAAAUUGAUUCCGCUUCCGAGGCAACGGUUGGUGGAAUAGUUGGUGGUGGUGGUAGUGCCGGUGUUGGAGGAAGCGGUGGAGCUAGUGGCAGUGCUGCUGGAAGUGGCAUUGGAAUGGUGGCGGCAAAUGGAAAUGAAAUGGAGUUACCGGCUGGAGCUGGUAUGGUACUAGCGGUUCCGAUACGCAAACGAACCGUGUGGGAUCUGUUCCGUUCGCGCACCACUCGUUCCCCGUCGGUAGUGAACUGUCUGUUUCGAUAUUUGCUACCACUAACGCUUGCCCAGCUGGAACGCUGCAUUCGAAUGGAUUUGAAGGUGUCGGUCGAGGUACUGUCCAUGGUGCAGGAGAUUCUUCCACCGAUAACGGCGUUGAACGAACUGCGCCGCCAAAGACAUGUAGGCAAGUGCUUCACACACAUGACGAACAGUGGUCCGAAUGCGACAACGACGAUCACCUCAUCGGCUACCAGCAUGAAUACGACCAGCCCGCACUACUGCAUCCUGGAAAGUGAUCAUCCCUAUAAAACGGCUAGCCUUACCGCGUACCGUGUACGCUUUCCGGCAACAGUGCGUUGGAUGUGUCUCACCUUUGAUGCGCUGUGCGGUACGGUACAAGAAGAGGAUCGUGUUAAGGUGAAAAUUCCUAAUCGGCGCGGUGAUCGCGGCAAUACCGGCAAUGAAAAGGACUCUCUAGAUGAUUGGUGUACGGUACGGAUGUAUAAUAGUCCUUCUCGCUGGGGAUAUGGUGGUCCGGGCCGUGCGAUGGUGUUGCCAGGAAGGGAAGUAGAAAUCUCACUAGAGUCCUGUUCGACGUACGUCAACGAACCCAAGCAACAGUCGUACGGGUUCAAAUGUCUAGUGAUUGGAUAUGAAAAUGCAGACCAGGUCCCGGCGGGCGAUCACGUUGAUGCGCAUCAUGCUAUUGUGGAAGGUGCUAGUGGAACGGCCGGCGGUACUCUGAUCGCUCUGGAGCAUGAGCUGGCCCAUCUCGGUGGUCGUUGUGCACGUAAUUUGUUACGAAAGGAGCUACGAUUUGACGAUGAUCCAGACGAUAGACUCACCGAGCCAGAGGCAGCCACCCUGGAACGGUAUGGAACGACACUGCUUGCCAAAGGACUGAUGGUACCGGAUGCCAUGCUGACUAUCCGCAAUGCUCUCGACUGCCAUCUCCCGGUGCUCGAAAAGAACUACGAAAAACAGUUCCUGCGUGACUUCAUUUACGUAGCGGCAGGCUCGCCUGGUGCCCGUUUGGCCGCCUGGUUGCAGCCCGAAUCUCGUCUCGAUCCUAGCCGAUGUGAGAUAAAAAUUAUUUCACCGCAAACUCCACCACUCCGAGCGGGUUGGCCAUCACACUUUCGGCUGGAAACUCGCGAUCAGUAUGGGGAAGAGAUUUUCGUACCCGGCAUAAAGAUUGAAGUGAAGGCAUCGCUUCGGCGCGACACAUCAGUUAACGCAAUCACACCGAAAGUGUCACCCGGAACACCGACCACCGCAACGCCGCCCUCCGUGCCUUACGAGCCAACGUACAAAGAGAAGGAAAAGAGCUGCCUACAAGCAAUCAGCGCCAUGCGCCCGUAUCACGGCUACUCGUUCGAGGAGUUGCGCCUGUACGCGGCAAGUAUAAGCAGUGCCAGCAUCACGACUGCCGCGACCACAGAAAUCUUGACGGCCAAUGAUUUGGGUAAAAAUAAGUACGGCUUCGUCUGGACGCCGAUGGUUGCGGGUGCGUACGAGCUAACGCUACAGAUUGACGGCGUACCGGUGGUGGUGGAGGACGAAGAGGAAAUUUACCGCCUGGAGGUAAUUGACGCUGGCGGUGCUGGCGGUGCGGGUGGUGUUGGUGGCACGUGUGCCGGCGGAAGCGGUGCAUCCGGUGGAUUGCCCAAGCUGCACAGCGGCGAGAAGGGGAUGGCGGGCGGUGGACAAGGGCUGAAGAAGGUGCACCCACCAACGAAGCUGCGUAAAUUCUUGGCCAAGAAUUCGGCUGGCUUACGCGUGCGUUUGCAUCCAACGUUACAAUCGGAGCAAAUCGGUGUGGUACGACCGAAUGGUAUAGUGGCCUACGGUGAUGAGCUCGAAAACGAUGAUGGCGUUUGGGUACGUUUGACUGCAGAAUCUAUUCGUGAGCACUGUCCAGCAUCUUGGUUCCCGGUUGAGGCAUGGUGUCUACAGUAUAACCAACAUCUAGGCAAAACGCUACUCCAUCCAAUUGUGGACACUUGCUCGACGAAGGUAAUGCUGGAGCAUACAACUGCCAAGGAGGAACCUUCAGUAGCCGACACGGUCGAGGACAUCGAGGCGGACGAUUGUGAGGGCGAUGGCGAAGAGAACGAAAACACUAUUAACUAUGGAGAUUUCCGUAAAGCCGCAACUGCUGCACUGUCCGAAGUUGUCGGCGGAGGAGCUAAAGCAUUGCAAAAGUGGUUCCAUCGAUCCGGGACCGAGGGAUCGUUUAUGGACGAAAGCACAACCGGUCAAACAAAAUCUCCACAUCACUCUUCGGCUAGUCCAACUCAGCAGCAGCAACAGCCAAAUGUGGCCACACAUGGACAAGCGCAGCAACAAGAUCUGCAGCAGCAAUCGUUUCAUCAACAUCUCCCAAAGCGUGCCCUCUCGCCAUCGGUUGCGGAAACACUACGUGCCGUAUUUGCGGCAUUCCUGUGGCACGAAGGUCUUGUGCACGAUGCAAUGGCCUGUGCAUCGUUCCUUAAAUUUCAUCCAACCAUUUCAAAGACGGCAGGCAUUGGUAUCGGUGGCGGACCGGUUGGACUUGGCAAUCAAACGGGCGAGCUACCAAUUCCAACAGUAUUAACCCGCGAACAGAAGGUAUUGCAGCGUCACUCGGUGGAAUUCUCAAAUGCGACGCUGGACGCCCUGGAACGCAGUGGCAAUCGAUGCAUUAUGAAUCGUAGACAUCGUGGCAUCGGUGCUGGAUUCAUGGCCCUCGAUGGGGGUGGCCCAUCGUCAACGAUCGUUUCGAAUCCAGUGCCACCGGUAGCUUUGCGUUGUUUGGUCCAUCUUUGGGAUCAGUUGGGUUCCAACUUUGUGCAGCUCGUCGAAACGAACUCAAACGACAAGCGAAAUGAUGAUGGUCAUGGAGGGAAAGAGUUUGGCUCGCUGCCAGCGCCAGUAUCGAACACAGGAACUGCCAUCCCACCUGCAAGCGGUGCUACAAUAGCGGCUAGUAAGAGUGGACUCACCCUAGCUGCAAAUACAACAGGAACGGGAACUACUGCAACUACAACGGCUCCGCCUAAUGGUGGUUCUGCUCCGGACGGUAGUUACUGUGAGCUUUGCCGUACCGUUCUACACUCGAUUCCCGUGACUUACCAUAUGCGACUGGCUCAUCCGGGUUGUGGACGUCCUGCCGGGGGUCAAGGCUACAACUCCAACGGAGUAUAUUGCGAAGGUUGGGCUGGAGACUGUGGAGAUGGGGGACACGGUGUCUCAAGCUGGUAUCUACUAUGUGAAGCAUGUCGGAAGCGAUACGAAGGAACCACUCCGGUACCACUUCCCGUCGGCCCUCAGACAACACUGUCGGCAGCUGCAGAAAGAAGAAAUGAACCGCCACGAUCUACACUACCUUCCGAACUGUUUGCAAUGAUGAAGGAAAAUGCAUUCUUCCUGUUGGAUCUUGCUCCGGUAGAAUCGUCCGCAUGCAGUGCUAGCACUACGGGCAGCAGUGAGGCAUCUCUCACCGAGGUUACUGACGCAUCGGAAUGGCCCGCACCCCCAGAUCGGCCAGCUUGCUUGGGGACAUUUGUGGAUCCUGAGGCAACACAGCAAACAGCGGCGCGUUUCCCCAACGAAAGUGCUCCCGGAAGCUUUCUGCCUUUAUCUGGUGGGAAGUUCCACCGUAGUGUUUCGAUGGGACAAGGAGCUGGACCUUCGGUGGUAUUGCGACGUCGACAGCGUCGUGAAGAUGAACGUUCAGAUGCGAAUCUUUUGAACCAUCCAUCCGAAAAUCUUCGCCGGUUGAUUCCGUUGGAUGUUGGUGUUCCUAUUGGUGGUGUGGCAGGAGAAGCGGGCACCAAUGGCAUCCAAUCGGGCCUUCUUGGACGACCAGCAAUGGUAUUCAUUUUGGAGCGACACAACCUGGAACGGUUGCGUCGUUUGCUGAUAAGACAGUUGCGGCGCUCGCUCUGCCAUAGGUACAGUUUGCAAGGCUUUAACUGGCUGCUGAGGCAACUCACGGAACCGAUCGGCCUGCAUGACGUAAUGUGGUGGUUUGUGUCAGCACUUACUACCAGCGAUCUAGAUGUCGAUCCUACCGAUGCAGAUUCGGAGCUUGGUCUCGAACAUCCAGCGAGCAGUUGCGAAGGGCAUCUAGGUCGUGGCAUUUCCCGGGCACUGCACGCCUUUCUAUCAACUGUGUCUGAGUUGACGUUACACUUUCCACUUGGAUCACCUCUACAACGGAUGGCGGUUCAGUGUUUUGGGUUGCGUUUUGUACCGUCCGAUCAUCAGUUUUUGCACCGCGUGAAUGUUUUUGGCAAUAUUUCGCGCAUUCUAUCGAAAUCGGAGGAAGAAGAGGAACGAGCCCUGGAGACACAGUCUGUGCGUGAUCAUCUGCUGGGAGUUACUGACGAGGCACCGAUCGAAGUAACGCUAUUUCAAGAUAUUACCGAUUUGUAUGAGCUCACCGUUUCAUCGCGACCAGCACUUGCUCAGGCACUGCUGGACAACUCUACGGAAACGUUUUGGGAAAGUGAUGAAGAAGAUCGCGGCAAACCGAAGACGAUCGAGCUUAUUCCCGGUGGACGAGCAGGAUCUUCGGUACCGGGAGUUGCAUGUCAGUUAACACUGAUUGCUGUUCAUGUGGACAAUAGUCGAGAUGUUGCCUGUAAAGUCACGUCGCUAUUGCUUUACGGAGGAUCGCAUUUGAACAGUGUAACAGGUACAGGAGAACUAUCGUUACUACGCACCAUCGAAAUCGAUCCGGCUGCCUGUGCCUGGCAAACAGUUCCAAUAUCUACAACCGGAGCCUCGAAUGCUCCAGCAAGCGGACAUUACCGUCUUGAAAUUCGAGGUCCCGAUGCAACGCUACGCAUACGCCAAGUGAAGCUUUACGGAACACGACCAGGAAACCCAGCAACGUCGUCAGUUCCAAGUGCUCCUUCGCUUCCCACGCCGCGCCAGGUUCAAUCGCGUCUGUGUGAGCAGGAAACGCUGCGUGUGUUUCGUCUGCUAACUGGUCAAGUGUUUGGGAAGCUGCUGGAAGAAACUUCCACACUUAUCGGGAAUUCUGGCAAUGGAGCAAGUAACGGUAGCGGAGCUAAUGUAAAUGGUGGGUCCGGUGAAGCUUGCAGUACGGAACUCUCUCCACUACCAUCGCUUUCCGAAUCCAUCCACGAUCUUCGUGAGCAUGCAGUGGGCAUCCUGUUCAGUCGACGUAAGCUCAGUCAUCUUCAGAAGCAAAUCAUUGUACAUGUGGUACAGGCAAUUGAACGUGAAACCGUGAAGGCACGAGAUGCAUGGGAAUUGCUGCUGAAUGGUGAAGUUAACAUCCCUACAACAUACAACGAUGCGUACUGCUUCGAGAUGCUUAGCAUGGUUCUGGCCCUUUCCGGUAGUUCUGUGGGUCGUACAUAUCUUUCGCAACAGCAUCAUCUGCUCAAGGAUUUGCUUUCGCUUGCCCACACGGGAAGUGAUCGAGUUCAGCGUCAAGUAACGGCACUCAUUCGUCGUAUAUUACCGGAACUUCCAUCGGACAACGUUCCUCACAACACUGCGGACAGCAGCGUUCCGAAUCAACACUCCGUGGAUACUGAUUCCGAAGCUUUGCUAGAUGUGUUGCUUGCGUUGAUAGCAAAAUCAUUGCAGGUGCAGGUGAAGGUAAAGAAUGGUUCGAACGGACACCAGCAACCAUCGCAACAAAACGUCCCACCAUCCUCACUUGCCACUACUGUCGUUAGUUUGGCAAGCGUUACCUCAUCGUCCUCACAGAUUCUGACCACGGGCACUGGGAGCGUUAGUCGACUGCAGCGUUAUCGUUGGUAUCUGCGGGGUUCGAUUGCUGCUAAACAGGCGGAAAGUAUUAUAGCGCUAGUGCGUGACAUGGCCAGUGGUAAGCUGUCCGAACGGUGGGCAACGGCAUGCCGGUCAGCUGUAGCUAGUUGUCUGCUGAACGUUACCCAACUGGAAGAGGAGUAUCGUCGUAGUGCCGAUUCUUGUAUCUGUACCGCCACACUUUGGUUAGCGUUAGCGGCUCUCUGCGUAAUCGAUCGCGAACAAAUAGAUCGACUGUCUUCCAACCAGUGGCAUCGACAAUCGGAAUCAAACAGGCCACUGUGUAGCAACCACGAUGAUGAGGUUACGUAUGCCGUCCUCAAUUGUGCCCUAUGUGGAUCACUGUGUGCGGAUUGUGAUCGUGUAUUGCAUCUAAACCGUCGUGCUAGGAACCAUCACCGUGCGGUUUGCAAAGAGGAACAAGACGCAAUUCGUGUCGAAUUGCACGAAAGCUGCGGGCGCGCUAAACUCUACUGGUUAUGGGCGGUGGUAGAUUCGCGCACGCUCAAGGGCAUGCUUGAGUUUCGCGGGCACGAUCCGAGCGCAGGCUGUAGCACGGUACCGGUUACGGCAACCGGUGUUGGCGUGUGUCGUUUCUGUGGUGCUACGGGUAGCAGCGGUCUGCUGGCACUGGGCAACAUCUGUCCCGAUGCCCAGUGUCAGGAGUACGGUGCGGUGUCCUGCACCAAGGUGCAUCCUCGCUGUGGGCACGCGUGCGGUGGCAUUAUCAAUGAGGGUCAAUGCUUACCGUGCCUGGUGCCGAACUGUCAGUCGGAGGGAGAAUCGGGUCAGUACGGGGCAAGUAUGCAGCCCCGUCUGACCCAGGACGGUGAGGACAUGUGCAUGAUCUGCUUCACGGAAACACUCGGUACGGCACCGUCCAUACAACUGCGCUGCGGACACGUGUUUCACUACCAUUGCUGCAAAACCGUCCUUAUGCGGCGCUGGAACGGUCCACGGAUAAGCUUUGGUUUUGCGCAGUGUCCUAUCUGUAAGGUUGACAUUGAGCAUCCGUCAUUGGAACCGUUUCUGGCAUCGAUCGUCGCUUUGCGACAGGAUGUCAAACGAAAAGCUUUGAUGAGACUUGAAUACGAAGGAUUAGCUAAAGCGGUAACCGCCGAUGGAACAGAUCCCACACGUUACGCGAUGGAACGCUACGCGUACUAUGUUUGCAGUCAGUGUGGAAAGGCAUAUUACGGAGGUGAAGCACGUUGUGAUGCCGAGCUCGGUGAAAACUUUAACCCUCAGGAACUGGUGUGUGGCGGUUGUAGCGAUGUAUCGAAGGCAAAGAUGUGUCCCAAGCACGGUAUGGACUUUCUCGAAUACAAAUGUCGAUACUGCUGCUCGGUGGCGGUAUUUUUCUGUUUCGGCACUACCCACUUCUGCGACACGUGCCAUGACGAUUUCCAGCGUUUGACUAACCUACCGAAGGGGAAGCUACCGCGCUGUCCAGCCGGUCCCAAAGCGACACAGCUGACCGGCGAAGAAUGUCCCCUGCACGUCGUACACCCUCCUACGGGUGAGGAGUUUGCUUUAGGUUGCGGAAUUUGCCGCAAUGCGCAAACGUUCUGAACGAACACGCGCUGAAAUAUACGACCAGGAUCGGGAAAGGUAUGUGCUUAAGUGACCAAUUUGUCCAAAGUUUUGUCAUAAUUCACAGCGACCAAACUACCGAAUGCUAUUGCACUGCACCAUCAUACUUUACUCCAUUUGGCUUGGUAGGGUCUAAUGGGAGGUAAAAAAAACAUAUUUAGGCUAAAAACCAAAUAACGAACCGAAUGGUUUAGCUAGGAUAACGAGAGGAGAACAAAUCGAUUCAAAAUUGUCGCGGUAAAUGUCGUAAGUAAAAAGCAUUUUAUAAAAAUUAAUCUUAACAUGAACUAAACAUUCCACAGAAAGUGAUGGUUGAUAAUUUGCGGUUCUAAUUUCAAUAUGAGAUUACGUGCAACAAAUGAUUUUAAAACAUUGUAUCAUUCCUUCUCGCUAGUAGUUCGUCCAUUUUGUAUUAGCGUUACAUUUGUGUUACGAUAAAAGAUAAAAGAGGCUUAAAUUAUUGCUUAAUUUGAUAACAAAAAUCCAAUGCACUGAAAAGACCGUUCCUUACCAAAGAAUCAGUCUAGUCAAAAUAUAUAAUUUACCUCUUUAGUGACCUCAGAUGGUCGUAGAAAAAAUCCAUCCAUGCUAAAUUAAUUAAACAAUCUCUUACGCUCUCUCGCUUAAGACAUUCCAUAAGUGUAUAAGUAUGAUAAACAUUAUACUGAUCAUUAUUAAACAUUAGUUCCAAUCUUGAUGAUAUUGGUAAAGAGAUAUGAUUAUUUCAAUAAAACAAAUUUGCUAGUCAAUUGUGCUAAUAAUGCUGAUGUAA